GCUCAGCAUUUUACCCAAAUGGGUUUUAUUUCCAGACCUGUUGUCGUCGUAAAAGCUCCUUGUGAUCUAGUGCUGGAAAAAGCAGUCAAGGGACCCCGUCCAAAUUCUGCUCUCUCUCAUGGUGUUUGUCCUCCCCCAUAACUGUAUUAAUGAUUUUUUUUAUGCUGGCUGAUCAACUCAGGCUUGUUUUCUUCAGCAAGAAGUGGGUGGAGAAGGGAAGCAUGAAGACAGAAAAUGUUACAGCCCAGUGAGAACGUAACGAUUCCUGGUUUGUGAAUUGAAAUACUUCAUUACCAGUUUUCUUGUAUCUCAUCAGCCCAGUGUAAGAAGCUGCAGGGAGCCGUGCUCGGUACACCAGGCCUCCUGCUCUUGUAACACUUCUCCUGCUCUCUCCCACUUACACUCAUCUAGGAUUAAUGUCUGUAAGUAAAACUCAGUUUGCGUGAAGUUCCCAAGUCUUGCCCACGUGCAGUACAGCUCUCGUGCAAGCAGUCAGCACAAACACAUGAGUUUUGGCCUUUUUUACUUCUAAUAUCCUUCCACAACCAAGUGUGCUCGAGGGAGGAAGCUUUUCAGUACUUACUUUGACGACAGCUUGGCUCUGUGGUUCAAGCUGGAUCUCUCUUCCACCUGUGUGGGCAAGUAGUAAGGUCUGCAGGGAAGCUGUCCUGUUUGCUGCCUUAAAAAAAUGUUUUGGGUGAGUCAGGCUGGAAGGAAUGAAAUAUUCCUCUCCUUAACAUGGGUAUUAGUGAGCUAAAUCAGCGGCUUUUGAGCUGUGAGCCUUUUACAAUGGCUUCUUGGUGAACGUUGCUGUUCCUCUGUGCUAGAUCUUGGCACGGUCUGUGGGAAGGGGAGAAGGAGCAAGUCAAAAACGAGGAGAUUGAUGGCAUUAUGGUAUUACACCACAGCACAGAAAGGCAAGGGCGUAGGGAGCAGUUGAUGCUGGAUCCAGCAAACCUUUUGGCAUAGACAGAUCUCCAACCAAUCAAUUUUCAAUCCUGUCCUCACGAUGAGACUUCAGCUCUUGGUGCCCGCUUCCCUACCCUGAGUUGGGGCUGUUUUCCCCCCUUCGCUGGGGUGUGGUGAAACGAGGUAUUUCCAAAGUGCUGGGAGAUCUUAUGCAAAGAGCAGUUACUGCAGGAACUGCAGGUGCUGCUCUCAGACGUCCUGCGGCAGGACCUGAAAGUCCUGUUGAAAUGCUUUGGGCUGGGGAAGGCGUUAAUCCCGAGGGGCAGGGCUUGUGCCUACCUGCUCAGGAACGCCUCCAGCCUAAGGAAGAGGCUGACCCCUUCUCACUGCACCGUGCUGCCGAGUGAGACCAAGUGAUAAAUGCUGGCUUUUUUAUUUCUUCUUCUUCUUAUUAUUGGUUGUGGGUUGGUUUGAAACGCCAGGCCAUGCAAGGUGAGGAUGUGAGGAUGUUAAUUUUAGGCAAGGGUUUUCUCCACAGUCAUGCUUGCUAUUACUCACCCGUCUGCUACGCUGAGUGAGUCAGCUCCAAGUGCUGCUCUCCUGAGCCUGAGCUGGAAGCUGGUAUUGCAGCACCCUCCUUGCUCGGGGUUGUCUGUGCUGACUGCUCCACGCUGGCAUGGUCGCUGCUGCGUCCUCCUGGCUGCCCCGGGACAACAGGCUGCUGGCAGGUGAAUCCUGGAGCACAAGAGCUUCAGAUAAGGACCGGCGGUGGCUGCGGGAUUAGCAGGUGGAGAGAUGGACCUCUCCCACCGCUUCUCCAAGCAAGAGCUGGCCCUGCUCUACCAGGAGGUGCUUUACACCAUCCGGCACCGUUUGGGCAAACCCCAUCCCCAACACGUCGCUGACCCCCAGGAGCUCUGCGCCUACGUGCAGAAGGCUUUCGGCAUGGAUGCGGAGGAGCACAGGGCCAUCAUGCAGCAGGUCCGGGAGCUGGAGAGCCCAAUUUUUUGUCUGAAAGCAACCGUGAAGGAAGCCAAAGGGAUUUUGGGUAAAGACGUCAGCGGGUUCAGUGACCCCUACUGCCUGCUGGGCAUCGAGUCCAAGAGCCAGGAGCCGGCCCACCCCGACAGCAAGAGGAGGCUGAAGGCUGUGGUCAAGGACCUCAUCCCUGAAGACCAGAUCCAUCGCACACAAGUCAUCAGCCAGACCCUCAACCCGGUGUGGGAAGAGACAUUUAUCCUGGAGUUUGAGGAUGUGGAAACAGCCAGCUUCCAUCUGGACAUGUGGGACUCGGACACGGUGGAGUCAGUGCGGCACAAGCUGGGCGAGCUGACCGACCUCCAUGGCCUCAAACGGAUCUUUAAGGAUGCUCGGAAGGACAAAGGGCAGGAUGACUUCCUGGGGAACGUGGUCCUCCGCCUGAAGGACCUGCACUGCUGGGAUGACCGAUGGUACCAGCUGGAGCCGCGCACAGAGACGUACCCCAACCGGGGCCAGUGUCACCUGCAGUUCCUGCUGACCCACAAGAAGCGGGCCACCACCUGCAGCCGGACGCAGCCGAGCUACACCGUGCACCGCCACCUCCUGCAGCAGCUGGUGUCCCACGAGAUCCUGCAGCACCAGGCCGGCAGCACCGCCUGGGAUGGAGAGCUGAGCCCGCACGCCAGCACUGUGCUGUACCUGCAUGCUACGCAGAAAGAUCUCUCUGACUUCCACCAGGUCAUGGCGCAGUGGCUGGCGUACAGCAAACUGUACCAGAGCCUGGAGUUCAACAGCAGCUGCCUGCUGCACCAGAUCACCAGCAUCGAGUACCAGUGGGUGCAGGAGCGCCUGCGGCCGGAGCAGAAAGCAGAGCUGGCAGAGUCCUUCCAGUCCAUGCUGACCUAUGGGGUGUCCCUCAUCCGGAGGUACCGCAUCAUCUUCCCCCUCUCUGUCUCGAGGUCCACAGAGAGGCUGCAGUCCCUGCUCCGGGUCCUGGUCCAGAUGUGCAAGAUGAAAGCUUUCAGAGAGCUGUGCACACUCAGCCCUGACCUCCCCAAAAUGGUCUCCGAGGCGCUCAAGUCAGGCACGACAGAGUGGUUCCACAUGAAGAAGCAGCAUCUCCAGCCCAUGGUGAAGAGCAUGGAGGAAAAUGGCAAAGCCUUGGCCAAACUCCUUUUGGAAGUGAUAGGAGAUCUCCAGCAAUGCCAGAAAAUCUGGAAUAAAUUCUUCAUCAGCACCUUGAAGCUGAAUCUCUUCUCCAUUGCCUACCUGGAGCUGGAGAGCCUGGUCGCCGAGCAUGUCCAGGAGCAGCUGCGCGAUGUCGGCACUGGCAUGUCCAAGCCCACGGCUGAGAGCCUUUUCCAGCUCUACCUGAACCUGCAGGAGCUCUACAGGAUGAAGGACUUCCUCCCAAAGAGGGAUGGGCCGUUGGCUCUGAGCGAUUUCCACCAGUGGUUCAAGGAAGCUGUGCCCCAGUGGCUGCAGAAGGCCUACAGCAUCGCACUGGAGAGAGCACAGAGGGCUGUGCAGAUGGACCAGCUGACGCCCUUCGGGGAGCACAACAAGCACAGCACAUCCACCGUUGACCUGUCCACCUGCUACGCUCAGAUCGUGAAGACCUGGCAACAGCUCAACUGGCCAGACCCUGAGGAAGCCUUCAUGAUCAUGGUGAAGCUUGUGGAGGAUAUGUGCAAAAUCGCCCUGAUGUACUGCCGGCUCAUCAAGGCGAGGGCUGAGGCUCUGUCACUGAGCGAACAGAAUGAGGGUGAAGCAGCCAACAGGCUCUGCAUCGUGGUGAACAACAUCAAGCAGCUGCGGCUGCUCAUCCUGAAGCUGCCACUGCAGCUGGACUGGGCCCAGCUGGAGCAGCGCACAGGGGCUGUCAUUGACCAGCAGCAGAUCCAGCACACGCUGCACCACCAGCUCGACAGCACUGUCUCCUGCCUGGACCAUGAGGUCCAGGACGUGGUGCAAGCCCUGGCCACCAAGCUGGAAGCGGGCAUCGCCAGGCACAUCCAGGAGCUGUCGGCCUCCAACAAUGUUCAGGAGCCUGAGGAUUCCAUCCUCCCUCUCAUGAGGUUCCUGGAGUCGGAGCUGCAGUAUCUCAAUGAGCACCUGGUCCAGGAGAACUUCAAAAGCCUCCUCGCUCUGCUCUGGCAUCACACCUUGGCUGUGCUCACAGCGGCUGCGGGGCCACAGGUCCCCUCGCUGCAGCACUGCAGGAAGCUGCACUGUGCCCUGAAGAGCCUGGAGCUGUGCUUUCACGCCGAGGGCUGCGGGCUGCCACUGGAGACCCUGCACAGCACCGCCUUCCUGACACUGGAGAGCCGCCUGGCCCUCUGCUCCUCCACCAGCCGCAAGCUCAUCCAGAAGUACUUCAGCAACAGGAUCCAGGAGCAGAUGGACGCCAGCUCGGAGAAGUACGGGGCCGUGACCAUCAAAGCGCUGUACCGCCCCUCGGAGCAGAAACUGCGCGUGGAGGUGCUCAACGCCGCCAACCUCAUCCCAUUGGAUUCCAACGGCUCCAGUGACCCCUUCGUGCAGCUCACCCUGGAGCCCCGGCACGAGUUCCCCGAGGUGGUGGCCCGCACCACCCAGUGCAAGAGGAACGAGCUGCACCCCCUCUUCGACGAAGCCUUCGAGUUCCUCAUCCCCCCCGAGAAGUGCCGCCAGGACGGGGCCUGCCUGCUGCUCACUGUCUUUGACUACGACACGCUGGGGGCCAACGACCUGGAGGGAGAGGCCUUCUUCCCACUGCGCCACGUGCCCGGCCUGGAUGCUGAUGAGGACCAGGCCGACAUGGGCUGGGUGCCCCAAACGCGCCUCCCGCUCACCCACCCAAAACCAGGCGGAGAUGAGAUCCUGCGGCUGCUGGAGUGCAGGAAGGGGGACAAGGAGGCCCAGGCCUUCGUCAAGCUCCGCAAGCAGCGAGCCAAGCAGUCCAAGGAGACGGCGUGAGGGGCAGAGGGCCCUAAACGUGGGGGUCCAGAGUGGGACACCAGCCCUGGAGCCUGAGCCCGGGUGGGGACAGGAGGUCCUGCCCCAAGUACUGCCCCCUGUGGGGCUCAGGAGGGGUUGGGGG